AAGUAAAGUAAAAAUGUAAAAAAAGAAAAAUAGUAAGAAAAGAAACAUAAAAAUAGAACAAAGAUAUACUGUUUAUGAAUAAGUAAGGUCAAGUUCUAACACAAGCAAUCUAAUCCAGCUAACGAUUCAAAUGUUAUGCCACUUUCACAUAUAUAUCGUGUCACUAGAUUGCCGUUGUAAAAAGGAAAUUAUAAACUAUUUUAAAGGACCUUUUAUCUGCGUCUUGUAAUUAAACUGUGGGGUAGCCGUUUUAUUAUUUAGCCAUGUCAGAGAGAGGUGUGCUAAACUCCUUUCUAUUACAGAAAAGUUAGUAAACCUUAAAAACAAAUUUCACCAUUCUGUUCUCAGAUCGGUCGUUUUAUUCAACUUCUUACACUGCAGUUUUAUAAACUCCAGUAGUGUUUGCUACCACUGAUUCGUGUUAGAAGAGGGCUUGUUAAUUAUCAUUUCAGUCACAAACACAUUUACCAGAUGACGUUAUACCGAUAUAAUAGUGCCACCAGAAAAGAAGGCAAAAUAACAUUUGUUUUCUUUCGAAGCAGUACAAGCUUGCUAGGAUGAAAGACGAUUCUGAAGAUCGACCAAAUCAGUGCGACCAGAGAGGUUGCUCAUUCUGCUGCGUUUGCGGCAGACUUGGGAGAGCGACAGUAACACGUGUGAACUACACUCUGCUCCUACUGCUUGUAACUGUCUUGUGUUUUGUUCUGUCAGUUCCGCGAAUGCGAGACAAGCUGAACGCUAUUCCACAUUUCUGCAACGAAAUGGUAGAUUCGAAAAGCUGCGACAAUCUCGUGGGUUACACAGCCGUAUAUCGUGUGUGUUUUGGUACAGCCAUAUUUUAUCUCGUCCUCUCUGGGGUUGCAUUCGGUGUGAAAAGUGCGGAGCAAGUUCGAGGGCGUAUUCACAAUGGAUUCUGGUACAUUAAGUGUUUGCUCUUGAUUGGUUACUUUCUUCUAUCCAAAAGAUAUGUCUUCGUGUAUGAUCAGCUGCGCUUGCCUGAAACAUUUCACCCGGGAUUUUACAAAAUGACAGUUUCUGAUUACGUGCACACUGAUUGGACGCUACGAGAGCUACGAGAGAACAUUGCGUGUGUCACAGCAUUGAGGAUUAAUUUGCAUAUUCUUGUUAUAGCUCUAAUCACGUGCUCGUUGUUGAUACCCCAGUCCCUCUCGUUCAACCGUGUGUGGAUGUACUUUGGACUGGGCGGUGGAUUUCUAUUUAUUCUCAUUCAGCUUGUUCUACUGGUUGACAUGUCUCACUCCUGGAGCGAGAACUGGGUCGAGAAGAUGGAGAAAGCCUCGAACUCAUGCCGCUCUAGAUGCUGGUGGGUAACAAUAGGUCACUUUCGUUAUGUUAAAAUUCAGCUUGAUAGCGAGGCCUCGAGGACACAAACAAAAGAAAUGAAUAAACCUGUCAUUCAAUUUCCUUGUUUGUGUCCUCUAGGCCUCGCUGCCAAGCUAAAUUUUACUAUAUGGAAAACAGCUAUUAACAAUGGUAUAAACAGUUUACAAUUGAACAUUAUAUUUCCCAGUAAUAAAUCAUCCAGAUGUUUAACGAACCAUGGCGAAUACUUGUGCCAGUGCGUUGCAGCCACUGUGAUCAGCGUACUUCCCAAAGUUCAAGAGGCGCAGUCAGGCACGGUCUUCGUGCCCCUUGACGAGCGGCCCGGCCAUGAAAGUUCUGAUUCGAAGUCCCAAAAUAUCGACCUGCCAAUCAAACAUCGCCAGCUUAUAGCGAGCGUUGUUGUUGCUGCUUUUUUUACCAUUGUUCAUUUCUUCUCAGGUUUGUUUCAAGCCGCUGUGGUGAUAGCUUACACAACGUAUCUCACAUGGUCUGCUCUCUCUCACGAGCCGGAUGACUUCUGUAAUCCACCGGGCUACGUCAUAUCCGGCUACGAUCAAACUACAGGCUUGAGUAUGCAGGGGAUUGUCAGCGGUGUAUUCGUAUUCGUCAUGCUCAUUUAUGCCAGUUUCAGUACAGCUAUGAGUGCUUCAAAGCUAAGCAGAUGGCGCAUUCGCAUAAAUGAAGAUGAAUUCAAAACUAUGGCCAAGAACUCGCCUACAAAACGCAGCGAUGAUGUUGAAUCUGUCGAUAAACACGACGAGCAUAUGGCUUAUAACUACUCCUUGUUCCAUUUUAUCAUGUUUCUUGCUUCUUUACACAUUAUGAUGACACUAACAAACUGGUACAGCCCGUCACAUGCCACAAACCUUAGGGGGCUCGAACGCUCAUGGCCAGCGGUUUGGAUCAAAAUGGGUUCGAGUAGCGCAUGCUUGUGCCUCUAUAUAUGGGGAUUACUCGCCCCAGUGCUUCGCCCAAUGUUUCAGAAUUACGUCGCUGGCGAGGAAAAGGGUAACAAACUUCAAUCUGAUGCGGUCAGCGUGCAUUCCCACGUAGAACGUGCUACGAAAGAGUCUCAAAAGUCAGUAAAUAGCGAAACAAAACCGGAAGAGCCUGUUAAGCGUGUUAGGGACCAUUUGCAGACAGAGUCUAGAUUAAGCAAUAGCGAAGACAAUAAGGUCAAGAACAAUGUUAACAACGAAAAAGGACAUAAAGAAACUACAGAUACUACAAAGACGCCCCUGUCGGAGGCAGACAAAGAAGUUUUGAGACUUCAGGGCAAGGUUAUAAGAUUGCAAGAGAAAAUAGCCAAGUUACAACACAAAGUAGCCGAGCUUCAAGGUCUCAAUGUAUAUCAUGAAAGCUCAAGACAAGAGAAAUCUCAUAUGCGGCAAACGUCCCCUCCCCUCCUAAGGACCAUUGUUCAUUUCUUCUCAGGUUUGUUUCAAGCCGCUGUGGUGAUAGCUUACACAACGUAUCUCACAUGGUCUGCUCUCUCUCACGAGCCGGAUGACUUCUGUAAUCCACCGGGCUACGUCAUAUCCGGCUACGAUCAAACUACAGGCUUGAGUAUGCAGGGGAUUGUCAGCGGUGUAUUCGUAUUCGUCAUGCUCAUUUAUGCCAGUUUCAGUACAGCUAUGAGUGCUUCAAAGCUAAGCAGAUGGCGCAUUCGCAUAAAUGAAGAUGAAUUCAAAACUAUGGCCAAGAACUCGCCUACAAAACGCAGCGAUGAUGUUGAAUCUGUCGAUAAACACGACGAGCAUAUGGCUUAUAACUACUCCUUGUUCCAUUUUAUCAUGUUUCUUGCUUCUUUACACAUUAUGAUGACACUAACAAACUGGUACAGCCCGUCACAUGCCACAAACCUUAGGGGGCUCGAACGCUCAUGGCCAGCGGUUUGGAUCAAAAUGGGUUCGAGUAGCGCAUGCUUGUGCCUCUAUAUAUGGGGAUUACUCGCCCCAGUGCUUCGCCCAAUGUUUCAGAAUUACGUCGCUGGCGAGGAAAAGGGUAACAAACUUCAAUCUGAUGCGGUCAGCGUGCAUUCCCACGUAGAACGUGCUACGAAAGAGUCUCAAAAGUCAGGAAAUAGCGAAACAAAACCGGAAGAGCCUGUUAAGCGUGUUAGGGACCAUCUGCAGACAGAGUCUAGAUUAAGCAAUAGCGAAGACAAUAAGGUCAAGAACAAUGUUAACAACGAAAAAGGACAUAAAGAAACUACAGAUACUACAAAGACGCCCCUGUCGGAGGCAGACAAAGAAGUUUUGAGACUUCAGGGCAAGGUUAUAAGAUUGCAAGAGAAAAUAGCCAAGUUACAACACAAAGUAGCCGAGCUUCAAGGUCUCAAUGUAUAGCAAAUUCGGUGUUUGCAGUGAAGGUGAUAGUACAUCCAUGUGGCCUGUUAAGGUCACCUCUAAACCCUGUAUAGUGGUUAGAAUUGAUAAGGAAUAGAUGAUAAACUUAAAAUAAAGCACUAUUUUGUACCCAUUUUGAUAGACAUGCCGGUUCCUAAUUGUUUCCAUACCAUCAAGUCAUGAAAGCUCAAGACAAGAGAAAUCUCAUAUGCGGCAAACGUCCCCUCCCCUCCUAAGGGUAUCCGCUCACGGCACCCUAGGAACGUAUACCAGCACCAGACAGCUAAAAGACAGUGAAAACUCUCAAUCUGAUAUCAAUCUCAUUUCAAAAUUGGCAGAAAUCGAAUGAUAUUGAACUCAUGAAGAAUGCAACUUAGCGGUACCGUACGGCACCAGUUUGGGUCAACAAACUGAAAUACACACACACAGAGAGGGAUACGUUAUUCACUAAGCACACCUUGACUCGCCGUUUGUCAUAGCAUCAAUUUUAUUUCGCUAUUCUAGAAGAACAUUUAAAUGAAAGACCACGUUAAUUACCCGUACAUCCACGGGUCUAGGAAAUGUUCAACCCUUACAUGGUUUGACUAACAUUUGAUUCUACUAAAUAGUGUUCCUCUUUGUUACAUUUGUUAAAACUGUUCCCAUAAAGUUACGUCUUACAACAACAUUUCAAAUAAAUAAGCUCCUAAAACAAUGGUGACUUGAUCGCAGGUGUGCUGAUUAUUGUCCAAUUUCUCAAAAUAAAUAUUAUGAGAUUUUAGCAUCUGAUGACCAGAAUUACUGAUUUGCAAAACUGAUUACUCCAACUUAGCUAGUAGUGAGAGUCACUCUGCAAUCAUAGUUGUUUCGGGGAACUAUUUACAAUACAAGGCUUUAAAGACAUAAAAUAUACUAAUGUCAUGAAUCGAAAAUACCACAAAACUUUAACUGGACACCUUUAACCAUAUUUAGAACAAGGUGAGGCCUUUAGCCUUGCAAAUAGUUUAGUAGCGAGUGUUACAAAAAAGUCUGUGUGAGAACAAAGAAAACCUGGGAAUAUAAUGUGUAAAAGUACUGAUUGUGGAAAUCAAUCUCCUCCUCAGUUUGUGACAGCUCGUACAAGAUCUGCAAAUAAUGCAGUUGAUUGGGUAAAACACACGGCACUGGGACUUCAGUCCUUAUUAUACUUAAUACUUUACAUGUCAACAUUCACAUUGCUUUUCAGAAACAAUGUUCUAAAACUUGCCUGGACUUUUUCCAGACUCCAACUGAACAACCUACAUGUAAAUGAUCCUCGAUGCAGAAGCAUUAAUUUUUUUUGCAAUUUGUGAGUGGUUCCUCAGUUCUCCAUACUUUUAGAUUAAAGUUCAUUUUUUAAACAUCUUUUUUUCCUCUCUAGUUAAUGAGAAAUUAAAUCACAAAUUUACAGGACUAACAAGCCUUGGAAAAUACCAAAACAAAUUUCAGGACUUUUCAGGGUCUCAAGGACCCAUCAGGAAAACGGGCUCAAAAAAACAUUGGAGAAGCUGUCAUUUUUUUGAGUGUUGUACACCUCAAUUAUACGAAAGUUGUAAGUUUGAUCAAUUGACAUGAAACAAUUUGCAAUACAAAGCUAUCAUAAGCUUGUAAUACAUACAACGAAGUUGUGUUGUCUACACUGGGCCUUAC